AAACCGAAAGAGCUGUAAAAAUAAGUUAGUAAUAUUAAGUAAUACCUGCAUUGGUAUGACGUAUCUGAAAAAUGUAUCUUCAGGAAUUAAUCAAACAAAAGAAGAAGCGCCUUAAACCUUGCAAAACUGUAAUAACCGAUCAAACUGGUGAGAAAUAUGAAAUAGUCAAUGGUCAAAGGAUAAAAAUCGAUCAAGUUUUGCCCUUUAUCAUUGACACUAAACCUGAUUUACAAAUUGCAAAAAUUAUUCCUGGACUAUUCCUUAGUUCCCAGGACCCAGUAGCGAAUUUAGAAAUACUAAAAGAACAUGCCAUAAAGCAUGUUUUAAGCCUCGGUAUAGAACCAUCAGUAAAGUUUCAAGAUAUCAAUUAUCAUUACAUCGACAUGCUGGAUUUACCAGACUUCAAUAUUCUGGAUUCGAUAAAACUAUGCAUUUCCAUAAUUCACAAAACUCUACAUGAAAAUAUACUAGUUCAUUGUAAUGCAGGCAUUUCUCGAUCCUCUACAAUAGUAAUUGCCUACUUAAUGGCUACAAAUGACUUAUCAUACGAAGGUGCAUAUAAAAUAGUGAAAGAUGUUCGAAGCAGCAUAAAGCCAAACGAUGGCUUUAUCCAUCAGCUUAAAAAAUCAAACCUAAGAAAUCUUCUUUGACAUUUCUACGUAAUACGGAAAAUCAUAAAUUAAUAA